UUUCUCUCUCUUCUCCUCCUCUGCUUCUCCUCGUCAUACCACCAUCCUUGCUCCAUCCGUUCCUUUUCCCUUCCCUCGACGGGAGCACAUUGCGGCAGAGGAGCAUUUACACACACUCACCAGCGGGAAAAGCAGCAGCGGACAGAUUGGCUCGUCCUCUAUUUCGCCCUCCUCUUGAAAAACCCCACUCUCUCCAUCCUCUUCUCUCCUCCUCACCCUUCUUCUCCUUCUUGCCGUCCAGUCUCCCAGGAUGCCUCAGUUCAUGAUGCUCCAGUAGGCCCCAGCAGCAUGGGCGGAGCCUGGGUGGGAAGAGAGAUUACAGAUUGGACCCUUCCCCUCAGGACGGGCGAACUGGCGGGCCACCCUCCCUCUUCUUCAGAUGGGCGAGGACGCUGAGAGCCCCAAAAUCAACCACACCUUCCUGAGAGACUACGUCACUGAAGCCGAUGUCAUCUCUACGGUGGAGUUCAACCAGACGGGGGACCUGCUGGCCACAGGGGAUAAAGGUGGCCGAGUGGUCAUCUUUCAAAGAGAGACUGAGUCCAAGGGCGAGUCAGAGGAGGCAGGUGAGGCGGGGGACUCGGGAGAGUACAACGUCUACAGCACGUUCCAGAGCCACGAGCCCGACUUUGACUACCUGAAGAGUCUGGAGAUAGAGGAGAAGAUCAACAAGAUCAGGUGGCUGCCGCAGCAGAAUGCCGCACAUUUCCUGCUCUCCACCAAUGAUAAGACCGUUAAACUGUGGAAGGUCAGCGAGAGAGACAAAAGACCAGAAGGAUACAACCUGAAAGAUGAGGAGGGACGGAUCAAGGAUGUUUCCACCAUCACUUCUCUGAGGGUGCCGGUGCUGAAACCAACAGAUCUGAUGGUAGAAGUCCGUCCCCGGCGCGUUUUCGCAAACGGACACACAUACCACAUCAACUCUAUCUCUGUCAACAGCGAUGGGGAGACUUACCUGUCUGCUGAUGACCUCCGCAUCAAUAUGUGGCAUCUGGACAUCACGGAUCGUAGUUUCAACAUUGUAGACAUCAAACCCACCAACAUGGAGGACCUGACGGAGGUGAUAACAGCAGCGGAGUUCCACCCUCACCACUGCCACGUGUUUGUGUACAGCAGCAGCAAGGGGACCCUUCGCCUCUGUGAUAUGAGGGCCUCGGCUCUUUGUGACAAGCAUACCAAACUUUUUGAGGAACCUGAAGAUCCCGGGAGCCGUUCGUUCUUCUCAGAGAUUAUUUCCUCUGUGUCGGAUGUUAAGUUCAGCCACAGUGGCCGCUACCUGCUGACAAGAGACUACCUGACGGCCAAGGUGUGGGACCUGAAUAUGGAUAAAGGUCCAGUUGAAACCUACCAAGUCCAUGAAUACCUGAGGAGUAAGCUGUGUUCCCUAUAUGAGAAUGACUGCAUCUUUGAUAAGUUCGAAUGUGUCUGGAACAGCUCAGACAGCGUGAUCAUGACUGGAGCAUACAACAGCUUUUUCCGGAUGUUCGACCGGGAGACGGGCCGGGGCGUGACCCUUGAGGCGUGGCGGGAGAACAGCAAGCCUCGGGCCGUGUUGCGGACCCGCCGGGUGUACACGGGCGGCAAGCGCCGUCGCGGCGAUGUCGGCGUCGACAGCCUGGACUUCACCAAGAAAAUCCUGCACAUGGCCUGGCACCCUGAGGAGAAUAUCAUUGCCAUAGCAGCGACCAACAACCUGUACAUCUUUCAGGAUCGUGUCAACCCUGACGCGCAGACGCAGUGACAGGAACACAACAAACAGACUUGAAAUCGUUUCAGUGUUUUAAGGAAUGCAUGAGAGAGAUGCAGCCUCUGGAUGUGGGAUUAAUGACUGAUUCUUGAACUAAACUAAUUUUAUGACAGAAAAAAAAAAAUAGUGCGUGAUCAUUUUUCUAACCCUUGGGAUGUGCUCAUGUCACUAGUAGAAACUGGGACCUGAUUUUUUUUCUGCACUCUACUCCCACUUUUCCAAGAUGUUUGUGUAAUUUCUGUCUGCAGGAGCAGUGAAGGAGGUGCAGGGACGCCUCUCCAUCUGCAGCGACUCAGUGCUGUUAGUCACACAGUGUUGCACCGCUCACUAAUCCACUCUUUACACAUAGAAUGGAGGGCGCUUCGGUGAAGAAGCAUCUGAUGCUCCUGAGUAAACUGGAUGACUUUACUAUACAUUGCAUUCAAAGCUUUUUUUUUAAAAAGAAAACGUGGAUCGUAAGCAAAUGUUUCUUUACAUCUUUAUUCUCUCUGCUGAGUGACAACAGCUACUGACCCUCUCCUUUAGAGCAGUGCUCUUGGAGAUUAUACGCAUAUUUCACACAUAAUCUAUUCACAUUGAGAUAGUAUCACCAACAACAGUUCAGCAGUAUUCCUGCUAUAAAACACGUUUCUUUUCCUUCGGCAGGUAACGUAUACACUUUUUACAUUUAGCUGUAUAUAUCUGUGUUGAUUUCCUAAACGGACAUUACCUAUUCGCUUCAAACCGAUUUUUGUUGUGUGCACUGUAAAUGACCAUCAGAUCUCAUGCAGAAAAGCUAUAUGAUCUCUUUAACACGUUUACUAUUGUGUAGCAAUACCUAUAGAGUUAUUGUAGGAGAGGAGGGCUGGGUGAACUGAAUAUAGUCUUUUGUUUUGUUGUGUGCCCAGAUUAGGGCUGAUGGUGUUCAAACAUACAGUGCCAUGCAAAAGCAUUCAGCUACCUUAACAUUGCAACAUUUUGUCACGUGUCGCAAUCGCUAACUCCAAGGUUUUGUGAAAAGUCAUUGGCAAGCAAUUGAAUGGCUAUAAAAGCAAAGGGAUGGGAUACGCAUUGUUCAAAACUUGUAUUCAGCCCUUCUGAGUCCAUACUGCCUAAAACCAUUUUUGCUUCAAUUACAGCUGCAAGUGGGCAUGGCUUUACCAGUCUUGCACAUGAAGGAAUCAACGUUUUUGUCAGAUUUUCUAUGUUUUAACUUAUUCAGGUAGUAAAAAGAGAGUCUGUGACUGUUGAUUUUUUUUAACAUGUGACUAGACUUUGAUCUAAACCAUUUCAUGGUAGCUCUGGCUGCAUGUUUAGGGAAAUACUUGCUCUGGAGGGCUUAACUCCCCCCCAGUUUCAAGUCUUUUACAGCGUCUAACAGGUUUUUAUCCAGGAGUUUCCCUGUAUCUAGAUCCAUCUAUUUCCAUCUCUUAUGGGUUUCAUGCCAUCAGCGUUUUGCGUGAAAGCAAAACGUUAAUUAUUGGUCUCAUGAGACGAGACCCUUUGUUCAUAUGUUUGUUCUGGAUCAGGGGUGUCAAACUCAUUUCUAUAUUGGGCCACUUUGGCAUCAAGAAAAGCGCCAGUUGUUCAUUAUUUCAUUUACAAAGAGCACAUUGGUUUGCUAUUAUACCUUUACUCCCAUUUAUUUCAGGUUAUAAAACAAACCUUAACUAGUCAAUCAAAGACCAAUCUUUUCAAGUCAAAACCCAUGAUAAAUAUGGAUCUCAAAGGGAAUACUUUUUGUCACAUUUGAUAAAGACAGAGCGACAUUGCAGCAAAUCUUCUUCUAUAAUACCUCUUAUAAAAAUCGACAAAUGCGCAAUAUCUGUACUAUCUGUGCUUUCAUCAACAGCUAACAAAAUAACCAGGAAGCUGUGCACCACUCUGGUCAGCUUUUCUGGAAGACUUUCAGCUGCCGAGGCAGCGGAGGAAAGGAUAGGUGCAGUUUCUGAGUGAUAAAGUGUUGUUAGCAGUAUAAUUGCUGAAAUGGGCUAAUGUUAAGUUGUAGUAGCAGUAACACUAAACGGUAUCGAUCACUUAUCCCAAUGUUCACAAUUCCAACUCCUGUCCAAUUCCAAGAUGAUGAAAGUUUGUUCCAUUUGACCCAAUAGGAAAAUUCAACUGUAAUAAUCACCGUUCAACCUAAAGAGGGCAGCACUAAGACAGUUUUAACCAAAAUCUUGCAGAACCAAACAAGUUUAUAUAAAAAUGUAAAAAAGAAAUUGCACGGUAACAUUAAAGUAGCUCCCUCAGGCCCGGUUUAUACAGUUUAUCUGCAAAACAAUUUAAUAACAGGGUGAGUUACAGUUUAAACUCAUCAUUCUGCAUCAAUUUUGGACAUUCCUUGGCCAUUUUUAGGUACUUUUUACACCUUAAAAAACAUAUGCCUCUACUUUAUGACAUGAUAUGCCUUUUUUGUCUCUUGAGGGCCGGAUAAAUUGCCUUGAUGGGUGAGAUUCGGCCCGCGAGCCUUGAAUUUGACACGUGCUCUAGAGGGUUUGUGGCAUUUGCAAACAAGAUGUCUUAUGGCUUGGAUGUCCAUCUGUUCCCUGGCCUUCCUAAAGCAGUUUAUUUACUAAUGUUCUCUAACAAACCCCUGAGGCCUUCACAGAACAACUGAAAGCAGUUGGCUCCACUGGGUUUCAUUUUGGAUUAUAAAAGGAAACGGGGUUAAAACAAAUGCAACUUUUAAUUCCUUUUAAUUGUAAACACUUUUGAAAACCAUGCAUCCAUUUUAAUUUCACAACUAUGUACGACAUUGUGUUGGUCUUUCUCAUAAGAACCCAAUACUUUACACAGACAUUUGUGGAUGUAACAUGACAAACUGGUGGAAAAGUUCAAGGCGCACGAAUACUUUUGCAAGCCACUGUCAAAAAGACGAAAAUGUAACUGUUAAAUGUGUGCAAAUUCAAAAUGAGCCUUGUUCAUUUUACAACACAGAAGCACAUUAUGAAAAGGGAUCUCACAAUCAAAAAGCAGAAAACUAGCACAUUGUUUAUAAAAGAGAAACCCUGACUCAGCUAUAUUCAAGCUGAAACAGCUAUGUUCUUGUCUGUGGUGUGCUCGAGGGUCAUAGGUAAUCAUCAGUGCAAUAGCUCAUCGUACGCAUCGUUGAAAGAUCUUUAUUGUCUAAAUAAUUACUAUAUUGUAAAUGUAUCAUAGUGUAUCACCGGAUUUAGUUGUCAUAGCCAAUACCUCACAGUGCCAUGUGCUGCUCUAGGAUGUGACAAAUGAAAGCUAAAGGUGCACACUGUUUAAGGGAUGGACUGAUUUAUUGCUUAGGGUGCAGUACUUUGUUCUCAAGUGACCUUGGUCCUGAUCGGAUUAUUAAGUGGUCUGCGUGUUGACGAUAAAUGGUGGAGAAACCAAAUUAUUGCAGAGGUGGUGUGUGUUUUUUGACCUUUUUGAAACCCAAGGUAUGACUGGGCAACAGCCUCUCAAUGUGGAAAGCUGUGGGCGUAGGACAAAAACAGGAAAUUCACUCAAUUUGUUUUGCUCGUCUGCUGUCUGGACCCCUUCAUUCUGUUUCUGAGGUGAGGACACGAACAUGCACUAAAUGGUUGUAAUCGCAGCUCAACACAAAUGUGAGGAGCCACAAAUAGCUUAAGUGUCAUUGAGUGACUUGUAAAUGCAUCAUAACCACCACCGUCGCAGGGGGAGGAUUUGUGUUCAGGAUCACAGCAUCAGCAGCAGCAUGUUACCAUUACUCAGUGCUUCUUACCUGUAUAUCUAUCAUACAAAAAAAUAUGUAAAUUUACAAAACCUUAUUCGUGCGAGAUGAAUGAAAGGAAUGUGCAUUAAUAAAAUGAUCUGAAAACGAAAC